AUGAGCUCAGACUUUAAUGGUAAUAAAAGUUCAGUUGUGAUUGAAACUCAGGAACUAGAUGUUGAAGUUGAAAGUAAUAUUGAAGAUUCGAGUAAUCGAAGCUUCCCUUCAUUUGAUCGGGAAGAACGUUCUGUGAAUAAGAGUGUUAGCGAGGAUGACUUCGAAGAUGACUGUGAAAUCGAAGAAGAUAAAUCAAAUAUCUUAAGGAAAUUCACAUCAGAAAGCUUAAAACCUAAUAUUGGUUUGGUUAUUCUCGCACUAGCAUUUUUUUGUAAUUCAUUAAUGAUUGUUUCUACUAAAGUAUUAGUGACCAAUCCUGAGAGAUCAUCAGAAGAGAGAAUUAAACCUUUACAAAUUUUAUUAGUAAGAAUGGUUUUAACGUACAUUGGAACUUUGAUAUACAUGUACUUGAAUCGUGCUACUAUUCCAAAUGUUCCAUUUGGUCCUCCAGAAGUUAGAAAAUGGCUGUUAUUAAGAGGUGCAUGUGGGUUUUUUGGUGUUUUUGGCAUGUACUUUUCAUUGAUGUACUUAUGUUUAAGUGACGCUCUAAUUAUUACAUUUUUAUCACCUUCUGUCACUAUAAUAUUGGCAUGGGUAGUACUGAGAGAGAAUUUAACGAAAUACGAAGUUACCAGUUCACUCAUAUCAUUAUUAGGAGUUGUGUUGAUUAUCCGUCCAGAGUUUAUAUUUGGUUCAAGAGGAAUGUCUUCAGAUGGUAAUGACUUGUCGGUUGUUUCAUCAGAUCCCCAUGAGAGAUUAAUAGCAAGUUUAGUUGGGCUUGCGGGUGUCUUUGGAGCAAGUAUAGUGUAUAUUGUAAUUAGGUUCAUUGGUAACAAAGCACAUGCCAUUAUGAGCGUCAGCUAUUUUUCAAUGGUUACAGCAGUUAUUUCAUUGAUUGGAAUCAUCAUCAUUCCUUCAAUGACCUUUCAAAUACCUUCUUCGCUAAAAGAAUGGCUUUUAUUUGCAAAUUUAGGCGUUUGUGGAUUUUUCUUUCAGUUAUUGUUGACUUUAGGCAUACAAAAAGAGAAGGCUGGUAGGGGAACUCUCAUGCAAUAUACACAAAUAAUUUAUGCCAUAUUUUGGGAUGUUUUACUAUGGGACGUAUGGCCAAAUAUUUGGUCUUGGGGAGGCAUGGUCCUGAUUAUAGGAAGCACGCUAUUCAUGUUUAUUCUCAAGAAGUCAGUCUCAAAGAGUGAGCAAGCCUUAAAUGAUAGUGAAGGGAGAAAUUUACAACUAUCUAGAGGAACAGCAUCUCAUCCUGACAACGAUGAGCUGGAGUUACAGAACUUAUCAGAUUAA